AUGGAGGAGCCGGCGGCCAACGCGGAGCCGCCGCCCGGGCUGCGCUCGCUGCUGCCGCCGCGGGAAUUUCUGUGCUCCCGUAAGGGGCGGCUGCUGCUCGCCGAGGCGGUGCUGUCAUUUAUCAUCUUUAUCUGCUAUAUUGCAUCUUCAGCUUCUGCAUUCAUGAUGGCACCACUCCUAGAAUUUCUGCUGGCACUGUUUCUUUUUUUUGCCUAUGCCUCUAAACUUAAUGAGAAGUUUAAAGGACUCUACUGGCCUUUGACAGAUUUCCUGCGCUGUGUCACUGCUGCUGUUAUUUACUUUGCCAUUUCAAUCGCUGCUGUCUCAAAAUACAGUGAUGGAGCAUCCAAAGCAGCCGGAGUGUUUGGAUUUAUAGCCACAAUAGUGUACGCUAUCGAUUUCUACAUAACAUUCAAUGACCUGGUUACUUUUCUCAAGCAAGGCAGUUCUGAGUCCCCUGAAAGGCGCAAGUCAGAAGAUGAAGACUCCGAUUCUGACUCAGACUGAAAAAACAAACACCAGCCGAGUGUGAAGGGAAGAUAAUCAAGCACUUUCCUCUCUGCUGACUGCACUGCCAAUUGAAACAUCUCUCUUACUUCAGCCUCAAUAUCCUCUUUCCACUUCACUGUUUAUGGAAUCACCAAAGCAUAGGGCAGUGGUGUGGUGAAGGAGACCAUUCCCAAUACCAUUAAACACUCUUCCAGAAAUAAGGAUACGUAAUACAGAACUAAGGCUUCUACAGAUUUCAACCUCCUAGAGGUCUGCAUCCAAACAACCCUUUGUUGUUCGGCAUGCAGCGUGCCGAGUAAAUGGGAACACAGUAUUUUAAACUUAUAGCAGAGCUUUUAACAUGCUUUCUCAAUUCCAAGUCUUUAACACUUACUUCUUGCUUUAAUACUUCUUGCUGUGCCAAAGAAAAGAGGCCCAGAAUGCCUCUAUUUCACUUAUAUUUUUCUUGAUUAACUAACAACAUUUAUCUCAAGUCUGAGCAUUCCACUAUCUCAACCACAUCAAGGCAUGGAUUAUAGUUGGUUUCAGUACAUCAGUAUCUACUGCCUAAAUGUCGAUAACAAGUGACAACUGGAAAUGAGCAGCAAGCAUAAAUCUCAAAGUGUAACGGUGCCUCAUCAGACAUUAUCACUUUUUAAGCUGCCUGGAUGGGAUCACGUUCUCAUUUUCUGCAGUUUCACCACAGAUAUGUGGUAGAACAGAAGUGGAAUCUUACCAGCCCCUUCCUACUGUUUUUGUGGAAGCCCUUGUACAUGUGCGUUUGCACAUGCAGGUAAGGAAGGCUUCCCAAAACCACCCAGCUACACCAUGUGCCUAUGAGAGCUUGCACAUGUUUGCGUGCAAGGUAUCAUUGUCUGAUCUCAUGCUCUAUCUUGCCAACAUUGGUCUUCCAAUGAGAAACAGCGCUGUAGUUGCUCUACUGGGUCCACAAAACAGAUGAUUGUACCGGAAAAACUCAGGAUACCUGGACUUCCAGAGGGCAACUUCCUUCCCACUGUGAAGAGGUAAAAAAGCCAACCUCCAAAAUAAAGAAUGUCUGCACAAAAUCCAUGUCCUCAGCCCUCACCCUCGCCUCACAAGGACAAGAUUUACUUUAAUAUUUUUGGGAAAAACCUGAAUUUACAAGAACAUGUUUUCAUGGGUAGCACAACUUAACUUGCAAAUUGCGUGCCAACACGUAAGCGUGUAUCACUUGGAAACAGCAUGGCAUGCUUCUCAUAUAUGGCAUCAGGUAUGUUUCAAAGAAACCUGUAUACAUUAAAAUAAUUAAUACAGCAGAACAUGUUGCUUAAAAAAAUAAUUAAAGUGAGAGCAGAUGGUACUAACAAUAAAUGAAAACAGAGCUAAAACAGCAAAAGCAGAUUUCAUUUGGAACAAAAUGACUGCUUGGGUUCCAAUUCCCUGCUGGCAGCUGGCUGCUAACAGGCAAAAGCACGGUACCUGACAGUGAGCUGGUGCUUGGGAAGGUGCUGGCCAGAUUUGGAGAUGUCUACCAGGCAGCUUCUACAACUCCUGUUCUCACACCACUGAGGGAAUAAAAGGAAACCAGAUGUUUGCUUCCAGAUGUGAUAAAUAAUCUUUGCUUUUCUGAAAAGAGCUCAUUGGACCUUUUCUUAUUUGAAAUCCUCUCUUUCCUCUCUGUUGUCAUGUUUUACUGACACUCACUGUGACAUCAGGAGAUCUGGGCUUUUUAUAUUCAAUUUAUUUGUAUUUUUUUAUUAUUUUUUUUAAGUGUACUGCAUGCCACAGCCAGAAACUAGUACAUGGUUAAUAUUUAGAAACCAUGCUGGAUUAAAUCUCUUUUAAUAGAAA